CCGAACAAAAUAGGUCUUUGCUCGAUCAUUGUAACGCCGCUGUGAUUUUUAGAUUUUGUUCUCGCAACAGUGUACCAAAUACAUUACAAAACAUUAAGUAUUAUAAAUUAGAGUGGAAACAAUGUUGUGUAAAAAAGAAUAUUAAGUUUUCGAUUCAUAGGACUAGCCAACAAUUAUGGCCUAUAUUUUCUGAUCAAGCGAUUGAAUUAUAUGCUUGAGGAUUAGAAAAUUAGAAGUGGCAUAUCUAUUUCUUUACGAAUGGUUACAUUUGUACAACUAUAAAGACGAUGUAUAUUGAUAUUUUUUAACAAUCAAAACUUGGUUAUUGGACAUUGCUAGUACAAAUGCCAUUUUGUAAACAGUGGAAUAUGGGUUUAUUUAAUUUUCGCGAAUUUUAUUCAUAUUAAUACUGCGGCCGACAUAGUGUUACGUCAGGCGCGCCAUGACGGGUUAAGCUCUAUUUAAAAUGGAGGAAUGCAAUGAUAACAGGAAUAUGGAUAGUACUAAAAGUAAAACCACUCCGUCUCCAAAAUUAAAACCUAAAAAGAGGUCACUUGUUGAAAGAGAACUUGAAACUAGUCUUACUUCUAAAAUAACAUCGCCAAUAUUAAACAGCAAAACAAUAAAUACAAGUCGGUAUGGUAGGGCACGAAGAUUAAAAAACGACAAUGACAGAAAAAUAGAGUCACCCUUGCCAAUUCUGAGUACACAACAAUCACCAACUCGAGGAUUAUCUGCAUACAAAAUGUAUGCUUCAAACUCACCUACAAACCCUCAAUCUAUUAAACAUGGGUUUGAUAAUCAAAUUGAAAAUAUUUACAAUCAAAACAUAGCACUAAGUCGAUUUAGUUCUGAUGAAAAGACAGAAAACAUGGCAAAAUCUAAAAUCUAUAUGAGGAAAGACCUUAUACAAACAAGAGAUAAAGAGGAAACCAUAAUUUUAAUUAAAAAUAUGUUUUCUCCUAAUAAAAAUGUAUCUAAUCCUGAAGGGUCUUUAUCCUCUGAAAAUUCAAGUAAAAAUCAUAAAAGAGACUUGUCAUCGGUGGUAAAAACAUUGGAUUUUGAUGGCAAGAAGAAAAGGGAUGGUCAAGAAAAGAGGAUACCACAAAGUGAUUUGUUUGAACUAGAAGCACAAUGUGAAUAUCAAGUUGGGGAUUUGGCUUGGGCUCGAAUGGGAUCAUAUCCAUUUUGGCCAAGCAUAGUGACUAGAGAACCCAGUAGUAAUUUGUUUAUAAAAAAAAAGUUAUUUGGUAAAUUAGAAAAGGACUUAAUACAUGUGACAUUCCUCGGUGACAAUGGACGUCGGGGCUGGAUCUUAAUCUCAAUGCUAAGGAAGUACUUGGGCCGUCAAGAGUUCGAAACUGCCAGAGAGAGUUUCACGUCUGAGGCAAAAAGAAAGGACUACAGACUGUAUGCAGCAUUUUUUGUGACUGGUAAAAGACUACCUCUUUGGCAUUUAUCAGUGGAGGAAGCAGAUAUCCUCUGUAAAGAACCAAAAAGGCUUAGAAUAGAUAUUUUAAAUUCUAUGCUGACUAAAGGAAAAGAACAUAAAGCGAUGCCAGCCAAAAGUAAAAAGGUUACUAGAACAGAUAGUGAUAUUUCACUCAGUGAAAGUCUGUAUGAUAGUCUGUUUUCUGAGGAAGACUUUAGAGUCUCUGAUAUAGAUCCAGGUAGGAGUAAAACUAGGAAAAAGUCCUUUGAUGUUUCUGAAGUGGUAACUGCUUGUCUUGACAAUAUGGCUGCAAAAACAGGAAUUACAAAAAUCCAAAAACAAUCACAUAUGGAUAUAUGGUUACAGAAAGCAAAAUCGAAAACACCAGAAAAAUGUACAUUUAAACAAUCAAAAUCUGAACAAAAAGUAAAAGUUAUUACAAAAUCAUGCAAUGAAUCAAAUGCAAGUAUGGAAUAUAAGCAAAACCAUGAAAGAGAACAUGAUUACUUUACAAAAAGUGCAAAUACUAAUGGAUAUUUUGAUGAUGAAAUUGUAAGUGGAAGUGAAUUUAAGGAUCCAAUAACAAGUAACCUUUCUAAUAAUGAAGAAUCUGAUGGUGCUAAUGAAUUAUGUACAACUAUAUGUAAAAAAGACGUCUUAGGAAUCUCACCAGAUAUCUUGGAUGAAAAUUUUACUGAAAUUGAAAUUAUUACUAAUGAAGAUAUGAUUGUAGAUCAAUGUGAUAUAAAUGAAUUGAUUUUGAAGGUUGAGCAAAGAAAUCAUGUACAAGAACUUAAAAACAGUAAAAAUCUUGAAAAUCCACAUGGUAAUAAUAAACCUAAGUUAGAACAAAGUAAUUUUAGUAAUAAAUUUACAUUAAUUGAUGCUAUAAAUGAUAAAAAUGAUCAUCUUAUGGAAAAAUGUCUUAAUGUAAUCAGUAUUGAUCAACAUAAAAUUGAAGAUAAUACUAACUGUAAUCAUAAGACAAAUAAUAUAAACGUAAAUAAUGCUUUGCUUGAACUAAUCAAUAGUAUAUCUAGUUCCAAAAAUGAUUUUGUGUCAAAUAACAAUCUAGAACAUUUUUCCAAUAAUGUCUCUGCUGAGAAAUCAUUCAUUGUAAGUGAUAAAAAUGAAUCAGACACUAAUGUAUCAGAAAUAGUCAGUAAUGGUACAAACAACAUAAAAACAAAUUCAACUAAUUUAAAAAGUGACAAUGAUGUACAGGAUAAUGUUUUCUGCAAAGAUAAUACAAGUGAAUUGAAAUUGUUAAUUAUUGAUAAAGAAAUAAUUACGAAUAAUAGAACAAAUAUACAAAAAUUAAAUGAAGCCUUAGAAAAGGAAGUAGAAUAUACAGAAGAGUUUGCGGAUAGUAUAGCAAUUGAUGCAAAACAGCAUACAAUUUCUGAAAAUAAUUAUCUUGACAAAAACAUUGAGGAAAUUAAAGCAAUUAAAAGUUCUACAGAAAAGGCUAGGGUUACUGAAAGUUUGUAUGAAAUUGUUACUGAUAUUCAAUAUGAUAGUACUGUAGCCGCUAAAUUGAAUACAUCCCAUACUGGUGAAGUAAUCCAAGAAAAUGUAGAAACAGUUUAUAUUGCACCAACCUAUAUUCCCAAAGUAUCUGAAGAUGUUACUUUGUCUUUGGAACAAGAGACUGUAACAAUGGCAGUUCCUUUCGGCAUAACAAAAGGAAAAACAAUUGAAAUCUUAAAAAACGAAAAUAAAACCAAAAGCUUGCCUCUGCAUGAUGACAAACACUUACACAAUGAAAAUUCAAGCGAUUUUGAAUUGACUUAUAAUCUUGACAAUGAGUGCAAUUCUGAUAGUACAAAUGAUUUGGACUUAAUCACCUCUACUACUAGUGAAAAAAACAGCUUAGUUUGCAAACAUAACAAAAAUAUAUCAGCCUAUGUAGGACAGAAAUAUAAUGAACCUCAAAAUAAUGAGGGUAAAUCUAUUUGGGCAACAAAUAAUAAAUCUGAAGAGAUCGUAGGCGUCACCAAAUCACAAGGUACGAAAGAUACUACGGAUCAUUUCUCUAGUCAAGAAAAUAGUUUUAAGAAUGCAGAAUUUGUAAAAUAUAUGGAACAAAAACAGGAUAUAAUUAUGGAUGAAAAUCCAAAUCUUUCAUAUGAAGAAGUAACUGCUUACUUGUUAAAGACUUGGCAAUAUGAACAAAGUUCAAAAUCUGAUAAAAAGUUGUCAAAUAUUAUUGAAUUAGACAUUACCACUGAUAAGAAUGAUCACAAUUCUCUAGAACCAAAAAAGAAAAAUAAGGCAAGGGCUAAAACAGAUAAAUAUUUACAAACUUCAAUUGACUUUAAAGAAUUACAAAACAAUGCAAAAAAGGUUUGUAUGAAUAGUGAACCAAAGACGGAUAAUGAAAGUUCUAAUUAUCCUUAUGAACAAUGUGAUAACAAUAAUAGGAGAGAAGUAAGUGUUAGUUUACCACCCAAUAAAAUUAAUAUUGGUGAUUUAUUAUCACUUAAUAAUAUUACAAUUGGAGUAAAUGAAAAAUCCUUUAAAGAAGAGAUCAUUUUAAUUUCUAAUACAAAUGUUGACCAAAAAAUAUGUAAUACCAAAACAGAUGUAAUAGAAAAUUCGAAUCAACUAGAAAUAGAAUCUUUUUAUAACGAAAGUACUGAAAUCAACACCGAUGAAAAUCAAAUUCCGAAGCAAAGCACACCAAUAAUUCAUACGGAUUUAACACUGGAGUCUCAGGACGAGGACGGCACCUAUAAGAAGUUUAUCAAGCAAAAGAUAGAUUCAGAAAACCACACCAGCGGGGAAUAUGUUGUCAAUAAAUGUAAGGAAAAUAAUUCUAAAGAGAUACUUUUAUGGAAAGAUACAAAAGCAACACCUAUUUCCAAAGAAAACAAAAUUGAAAGUAGCACAUCAUCAUCUGAGUUAAAAAAUAUGACAGCCGAAGAUUUAUCGCAAUCUUCUGGCAUAAUUAAAAGUGAGAAUAACUAUUUCGCACACUCUGGACUAAAGGAAUCUGAAAAGCGAAAUGAAAAUAAUGUCUCAAAAAAUCGUUUAUCACUAAGGCUCAAAAGAAAUGUAUUGAUGGGUGACAGUUAUAGUGAUUCUGCAAAAAAUCAAAAAGGUAACUUCAAUGAAAUUUUAAUAAAUAAGGAAAAUGAUAAUAUAAAAGAAUGCGAAAGUAGUACUACGACAAAGUCAAACAAUGAACCUGAAUCAGAUUACAGUUGUAAAAGUGAUUCCAGUCUAAAAUUAUCACCAUGUCAAGACUAUGCGGAGUCAGAUAAUACUUUAAUUAAAACGAAACUGUCUAGUUCGUCACCCUCAGAAGCUUUAACGAAAAAAAAACAGUCAAAAAUUGAUGAUUUUAUAAAAAGAACAAAGGAUUUAAAUUUAUCAUUUAAUUCCAGUACUGAUAAAAAUGUUAAAACUGACUGCAGUAAAACUCCAACAACUUCUCAGGAACCUUGUAACAUAAAUGAUAUAAGUCAUGUUACCCCAAAUAUAGAAGAGAAUGAAAACAUGCUUUCUAAGCGCCAAUUGCGUAAAGAAACACAGCCUACAAAAGGUAUAGAUUUAGAAAAUCCGGAAUUUUUAGAAUACUUAGAGUUAAGACAAGAUCAGUUAAUGGACGAACAUCCUGAACUUACACUAGAAGAAAUUGCUACUUAUCUUUACAACACCUGGUACUUUGAAGAAAGCAUUAAAUCUGAUAAUAAGAGAACUGAUGAUUUAGAACAAAGAUCUUUAGUCAAAGGCCUGAGUCAAGAUAUUGUAGGUUUAAAAAACGUUCGAAAAAAAGGUGGUGUUGAUAAAGAGAAAGAUUUUAUGCCUAAAAUCGAGGUUCCAAUUAAAGAAAAAUCUAAAAGAAGAGCUGAAAGGCAGUUUUAUAGAGAAGACUUUUCGGAUCUCGAAGAUGAAUUGGAUGUCUAUCAGGUUUUUCAUUCUACGUCAGAACGUGACACCAAAGAUGAUGAGCAAGGUCCUUCUAAAAUUGACAUAAAUACCAAUAAAGAAGUGUUGCCUCGGGAUUAUGAUGCCGCUUACGUGGUUAAAGAUUCUACGAUGGGCGAAGAAGAUAUGUCAGAAAAAUUUGAUCAAGUGGAAGAAUAUUUUAGAAAACUGACAGAGCCAAAGCCAAAUUUGUUUAAGGGGCUAAUCAGGGAAAAACUCUGUCAAGUAUGUGAAAGAACGGGGGAUCUUAUUAAAUGUAAAGGUUGUUACAGCUUCUUUCACGCCAAUUGCAGUAGAAAAGGGGUGGAAAUAAAAGGAUCUCCGAACCCAGUUAGAGGUAGAAAAAAGAAACGUAAAAAUAGAGGUCGAAAGCCGAGAUGCUUAGAUGAUUCCUUUGAAGAUCACAGUGACAAAUCACAGGAACACGACAUGUCAUUCGAACAUGAAACGGAGUCACAUACAAUUGCAAAUGCUGACGAAUUUGAAGAAAAACUAUCAGAGAAAUUGAGAGAAAUUAUUGAAAAUCCCGACUUAAAAUACGACACCAAUUCCAGUGAAGAAGAGCUAGAUUGGAGUGAUACAGAGGUUGGAGCUUGCAAGAUUGUGGAGAUAAUACCAAAAAAGAAAAAGCAAGAAUCAAUAGACUUCAAAUGUACUGACUGUGAAGAAAAUAGCAUACCAAUAUGUUUUGUUUGUAAACGUGCGAUUUCGGCAAAGAAACAAAUUGCUCACAGGCAAAAGUGUCAGGUGCCGCAUUGUAACAAAUAUUACCAUAUCGAAUGUUUGGAACAUUGGCCACAGACCCAGUUAACUACUGGAGAGAAAAAAAGUAAAGAAUUUGUUGAAUCACUGCAGUGUCCGAGGCACGUGUGCCACACGUGUGUUUGUGAUGAUCCUAGAGGCUGCAAGACGAGGUUUAGUGGAGACAAGCUCGCGAGAUGUGUGAGAUGUCCAGCCACUUACCAUACAUUUACAAAGUGUCUACCCGCCGGUACUCAAAUUCUUAGUGGUUCACACAUCAUCUGUCCAAGACAUUAUGAGCAUAGGCCGGGAAAAGUGCCUUGUCACGUAAACACGGGGUGGUGCUUCAUCUGUGCGUUGGGGGGUACUUUGAUCUGCUGUGAGUACUGUCCCACGUCAUUCCACGCCGAGUGCCUGAACAUAGAACCCCCGGAAGGUGGUUACAUGUGCGAGGACUGUGAAACAGGAUGUUUGCCGCUUUACGGGGAAAUGGUGUGGGUGAAAUUGGGACAUUACAGAUGGUGGCCGGGAUUAAUAUUACACCCGAGUGAGAUUCCUGAGAACAUAUUAGCCGUCAAGCACGCGCCGGGUGAAUUUGUCGUACGAUUUUUUGGGCAAUACGACCACUACUGGGUGAAUAGGGGCAGAGUGUUCCCAUUCCAGGAAGGUGAUACAGGCAGAGUCUCGAGCAGAAAUUCUAAAAUAGAUGCUGCAUUUUCUAUGGCGGUGGAGCAUGCGCACAGGGCUUAUGGCAUUCUGAAAAAUGAAUCUCCUAGUAAUGAAGGCGAUGACGAUAUAGCAUCAUCUCUUUUACCCCCACACUUUGUGAAGCUUAAAGUAAAUAAGCCAUGUGGCUCUCUGAUAAACAAGAAGAUUGACAUAGAAGAGAGUUCCCUUACCCAGUGCGAGUGUGACCCCAAUGUUGAAGACCCAUGUGGACUAUACUCACAUUGUCUUAAUAGGAUGUUACUCACGGAAUGCGGUCCUAUAUGUCGGGCGGGAGAACGGUGUUGUAACCGUGCUUUUGAAAAACGCCAGUACCCCCGGAUGGAGCCCUAUCGCACACCUGCUAGGGGAUGGGGACUACGGACUCUUGAAGAUAUUAGAGCUGGCCAGUUCGUAAUAGAAUACGUGGGCGAGCUGAUAGAUGAAGCGGAGUUUCAGCGACGGAUGAAGUGGAAGCAUCAAGUUAGAGAUGAAAACUACUACUUCCUCACAUUGGAUAAAGAGAGGAUGAUUGAUGCGGGACCUAAGGGAAAUUUGGCCAGGUUUAUGAACCACUCGUGUGAUCCGAACUGCGAGACUCAAAAAUGGACAGUACUGGGUGAUGUUAGAGUUGGUCUCUUCGCGCUAUAUGAUAUACCAGCGAAAAGUGAGCUGACUUUCAACUACAACUUAGAAUGCGCAGGAAUCGAAAAGAAACGUUGCCUGUGUGGUGCUGGGCGGUGUUCAGGAUUUAUGGGUGCAAAGCCAAAGGAGGAGCCUAAGAAAAAUAAAGUAAAACGGACGUACAAAAAACGAAAGCGUAUAGAACUAUCGCCCACAAACGAGCUGCCCAAACCAAAGCGCCGACAACCGAAAAAUCGAGAACUCACAGAGAUCGAGAAGGAUCUCCUCAUCAUCAAGAAUGCCACCAACGGCAUAUCCAGUGAUUCCGAAAGCAGCGGAAGACAUACCAGCAUUGAUAGUGUUAAACGAAAGAGAAGUGAAAACGGUUCCCCGAGCACUAAAAGGGUUAAAAUUGAUAAAAAAAAACUUGACAAACUUGACCAAACGCUGGUUACCCCGCAAAGUAAAAGGACAGAUGUAAAUCACGAAAGUUUUGACGUAGAUUGAUUGUGUUGUGUCUAUAGCGAGUGUCUUUUUUAAAGUGAUAUUAACGUACUUCAAAUAAGUCUUACCCCCUUACUCAUAUAUGAAUCAGUCUUUCACUCUUGUCUCUUUCUGUCAAAUUGUGUUUAAGCCGUGAUGAAAAGAGAUAGUUGCCUACUUCGUUUUGUUUUAAUUAGAAUAUAAUUAUUAGAAUUUUUCAUACAAAUUUGUAGAACGUAUAGUCUUCGCACGAAUAUUACCAUAGUUGUCCAGUCUUCGUAUAUCUGAGUACGAUAAUUUCCGUUUCUGACAGCUUGAAUUUUUCAUACGAUUUGUAUCUUCGUGCUUCCAUUUAGUACUAUAGAUGCUCGCGUACUAAGGUUUUCAAAUAAUAAUUUGUCUAUUGUGUAAAAUUCAAUUUUAAGUUCGCGUUAAGAGUAAAUUUAUCACGAGAAUUAAGUGUCUUAAAACGUUUUUGAUAAGCCUUAGGCUUUGUAGAGUAGCUCGGUCCGUUACGGCGUCAGCGAGGUUACUCUGUAAUUUCUAAACCGAUUUUAUGUGACUAUUCAACUGAAGGCAUGACAUGCAUAGGAGUCUUGCUUAUUUACGUGCCAAUACCACAUAAUUCGAAAUAUAGUUUGAAGAGCUGUCAAAUCAUUUUCUAUACAAACUUGACAUUUAACAAUACUCAAAAUAGAUCGGGAAAAUAAAUUGGAAUAUGAACAACUUUAUUGAAAUUAUUAUUGAUAUCAAUAGAUAUAUUUACAGAGUAGCCGAACUGAUUGCCUAAAAAGUGGAUGGUAAGUGAAACCCGUAAAGAGUAUGUAUAUAGUUCGUAGCAUAAUGCAAAAAAAAACUUUGUCUAAAAAGAGACGGUACAUCAUAUGCCGCCUAUAGUUCACAUAGAGUAAGCAGAUAAAAAUUGUGCAAUGUACACCGCUUGAGGCGAAGUUGACUUUACAUAGAAUUAUGUUACCAAUGGCAAAUCAAGUCAUUUAUGUUAAAAAUAUACAAUUUAAUAAUGAACUGCCUGGCUAGUUAUAAUAUUGACUGUAAUUUCUUGAAUAUAUUUUAAGAUUGU